CACUGCAGAGGUGAACGCUUCUCCACUUAGGAAAAUGCCAAUGAGCAGCUGUGGAUUUCCAAAAGUUUUUAUCCCAACACCCUCAUCUGCUUGAAUAAAGUGAAGAUAGAAAGAGGCUCCAAAACUUUUGACCAAAGAUAUUAAGAUGAGCUCAGACCCGGUGGAGCAGUCGGAGGCUCCGGCUGAACAGACAGAACGAAACGGAAUAGACUUCAAUCGACAGAUUAAAACAGAAGACCUCAACGACUCUCCUCAUUCAACCUCCUCUGUGAAGACAUGUCACCUCACACAGAGCUCUCCGGUGCAUGGGGGUCAGCUGACAGGGGAGCUCACCUCCCUCCAUCCAAUGCAGCAACUGGUUCUGAUGCCGCCGUCUCACCUGUCGACUCCCUCCCCCUUCCUAAUCUCCCAGAGUCCCUCCAGCCACCAAGCCCUCCUGCAGCCGAACCUGCUCUCCCUUCCCGGCCAGAGUCCACCAGGUCUCCUUCAGCAUCAGUCUGGGCUAGCGCUGACUCCACAGGCUAUGAGUCGCUCCGGGUUGGCUGGACCCUCUAUGGAGAACCACAUGGACAUGUCACACCUGCAGAUGCCCAAACACAUAUCUGUGGCCCCGCAGGAGGAACCCAAUGAUUUGGAGGAACUGGAGCAGUUUGCCAAAGCAUUUAAGCAAAGACGCAUCAAGCUGGGCUUCACUCAGGGAGACGUGGGCCUGGCAAUGGGAAAACUUUAUGGGAAUGAUUUUAGCCAGACCACAAUAUCUCGAUUUGAGGCUCUGAAUCUCAGCUUCAAAAACAUGUGCAAGCUCAAACCUUUGCUGGAGAAGUGGCUCAGUGAUGCAGAAAACUCACCUUCUGACUCGAUGAACACUCAAACCUCUCUGCCUCCUCUGAUGGAGGGAUACGGACGCAAACGGAAAAAGAGGACAAGCAUAGAAACCAACAUCAAGCUGACGUUGGAGAAACGUUUUCUUGACAAUCCAAAACCUAACUCAGAGGAGAUAACCUUGAUCUCCGAGCAGCUUUCCAUGGAGAAAGAGGUGGUUCGAGUUUGGUUCUGCAACCGCCGUCAGAAGGAGAAGAGGAUCUACUGCCCAGUAGCUACUUUACCAGUCAAAUCGCACAGCUACAACUCCAGAAUGGCUUCUACAUCCAGGUCCUAUAGUCCUUUGGCCUCAGGUGCAGUUUCAUCAAAUUCAUCUCCAAACAGCACAAGUCGGGAACCAUCUCCCAACAGCCUCUCAGUUGCUGCCUCUGUUGCUCUGACCUCCCAGGUCAACCCAGCUUCGUACAGUACACCUGGUUCCUGGUACCGCGCCUGGAAUGCUCCCACUUAUCACCACUGAGAGCCACAAACUGUAUCAUACAAAGCUUUUAAAGAAGAAGGAAGAUGGAUUAACACACUCUCCUUAUUUUGAGCAGGGUUACAACUUAUAUGUUGUAUCAACAAAAAUUAAACACAACACAAAGCAGGACAAUAAGGAGAGGACUUGGUUACGCAGAUUUUUCCUGCCAGUUAUUUGUUCAUAUUCCAAGGAGCCUGGAGAAAGUCAAAUCGUGCUCAUGGGAUUCCUUAUUCGAUUGAAAAAAUGAAGGAUGAAGAAAAAUAAUCAUCAGAAGCAUCAGCUGGAAGUCUAAUUUUUGAGUACUCAAGCUCAAGACCUUUUUUUUUUUUUUUUUUGUAUGUUGAAGGAUUCCUGUGCAGAUUCACUGAAAUUUCGUCAAACUUCUUCUUUAGUCAUCUUUGUACAAAGCGUUUAUCUGCUGAUAACAGUGCUGACUUGGGUGUGCUUAUAUUUAAUUUAAAUGUAACUUAUAUACCGGUAGUGCUGAUUCACAAGAAAACAUAAGAAAUUGUUUACAUAUUGCAAAUUAGAUUUUACACCCCAAUUGGAGGGAUUUGGGUUUCAAUUAUUUCCAUUAUUAUGUCUUAAAAUUAAAGUAACAACCUUAAAGGUAUAGCGGAGGAUGUUCUUUUUUCCGGGUGCAUCAUCAAAUAAGUGGUCCUCCUAAAUUGUCAAAUUGGGCUUGUGCAUGCUCUUGCACGCAUUUAAUAGGUGUUCCCCUUUCAGAAGAGGGUGCAGGGUUGUGCAUGUGCAUUUUUUUUUUUUUUAAGUGGAGAGGGCAGGUCUUUAAAAAUUUGCGAAAAUCCUCCACUAUACCUUUAAAUAUUACUCUGUAUACACCUGGACUAAUAUUAGCAUGGAUGUACACUACCAAGCUGCAGAGUGACCAUACACUUUUUGCUAUCUAUAAGGUUCUGGUAUAAUUCCAACUUUAUACUGAACCAAUCUAAUCAAAAUUUUAAAAAAGUUCAUUGACCAUCAGUUUUAAGUUUUUUCUGUAAAUGUUCAAGGGUUAAAGUUACUGUCUAUCCAGUAGCUUCAUAUUGGCCUUAAUUGUCCGGUUUGAAACCAAUGCUGAAGUUCAAAUUUGAGCCACAAUUAUGAGCUGACAACAAAGAGAAGGAUUAGAUUAAAACAUAAAUAAGAAUAACCCCAAAAAAGCUAAGUUCCAAUUUCACAUAAACCAGAAAUUGCUAGAACCCCAGUUUUACUAAGCUCAGCGAUACAGACUGAUAGGGCCUGACCAAGAAAGAAAUCGACACCUAAUUGUACUCCUUAACCACUGUAACGGAAAAUAUAUUGGAGUGAGUCAAGCUGAGGUUUUCAGACCUUACAUCGUAUCUGCCUCAAACAGGGUAUAGGGAGCAUCAUGCUGGGGGCACUGGCACCAUAAGGGGGCCAUACUGGAUAGAGGAUUCGAACAAAGCAUUUGUUCAGAAAACAGGGCUCACAUAUCCAGACACAAUUCUACCAGAAGCUACAUGAGAUACAUUAUGCUAAGGAAAUUGUAGCUAAUUGUUAGUUGGAGUUAACCUAAAUGUGACUGUAUCUACCUGUAUACUGUUAUUUUGACUCUGUAUGGAUUAAAGACGAGGCACAAUGAGCUUCACUUUGUGCAUCCAGUUUAUUUAUGUAAAAUACCUGCCAAAGGCUCAAAAGUUGAUGGUUUUAAAAGUAAUAGCAGAGUGUUAGAGCUAUCCAAAUGUUUCAAAACUUGUAAGAAAGUUCUAACCUUUAAUGAUCGAAAAUUAGGCAUCUACAUUUUCCACUGUAUAUUAUUUUUUGGGUAAAUCCCAUUCAACCUUCUGUCAGAUUUCAUCUGAAGCUCUAACACUUACUUUUUUAUCGUUUGAUGACUUGUUUGAUUUUGAAUUUCUCCUUUUAUUGUUUAAUGUGUUUAAUUUAAUUGCAUGGAAAUGUUGCUGUGGUCUAGAGAUCUGUUAUGUUCUGUAUCUUUACAAGAGGUUCAUUCUGAUAUGUUUCAAAAUAAAGCGAUGUUUCACUAAAAUGAAGCCAAACCUACUGUAAAUAAAUUCUUUU